AUGUGCCCUCCUCCUCACCUGCUGCUGGUUUUGCUGUUGGGACUCACAGGUGUGGCGGGUGAGGCGGGGCUGCAGGUGAUCCAGCCUGACAAGUCAGUGUCUGUUGCAGCCGGACAGACAGCCACUCUGUGCUGUACCAUGACCUCCCUGCUCCCCUUUGGGCCAGUUCAGUGGUUCAGGGGCGCAGGGCCAGGCCGGGAGUUAAUCUUCAGUUUCAAAAGAGGCCACUUCCCCCGAGUAACAAAUGCUUCAGACGUCACAAGGAGAAACAACAUGGACUUUUCCAUCCGCAUCAGUAGCAUCACCCCAGCAGACACCGGAACCUACUACUGUGUGAAGUUCCUGAAAGGGACCCCUGAUGAUGUGGAGUUUAAGUCUGGACCAGGCACUCUGGUCACUGAGCAGCAUGCAGGUGGUUUUAUCCAGAUUGUGCAGGUGUUAACAGGAGUUCCCAGUGCCAAACCCUCUCUCUCUGUGGUGUCCGGCCCCGAGGCCAGGGCCUUGCCGGAGCAGACAGUGAAAUUCACCUGCAAGUCCAAUCGCUUCUCCCCCAGGAACAGCCAGCCAACCCAUAAGUCAAGGCCAUCUACUCCAUUCCUGAUGGCUGUCACCCUGGGCCUGAAGCUGCUGCUGCUCAUCACUAUCUCUGCCAUCUAUGUCCACAAGAAGUGA